GCCACUCUGCUGGCUGACCGGCGAGGCGGGGGUGUGCUGUGACCGCGGCUGGAGGAGAAAGGAGGAGAGAGGAGGAGGAGGAGGAGCAGCGGGGGACGGCGACGGGCAGGGGGCGGGUAGUCCAUCCCCGUCCCGAGCGAUGUGGCAGAGGCGGCACUGAGCUGCCAAGCACCUCUUUGUGGCAUGUGGUUCCCACACAGCUCUGAGUGUCACAGCCGUGGUGAUCCACAACCUUUCAACUCAGCAUGAGCACAGCCUUGCUUCCGUGAGUGUAGACCCAGCUUCUCACUUUAUAACUUACACGUGCUGUGCGUACCAAGUCUUAAGUUCUCUUCAGUUUGACUGUAUGGUUUAGAUUCUAUGGUGUGGGAUUUUAUGCAUGUCUGUGUGGGGACUCAGAAAAUAUGUGCAGUAUGUGUGACCUCAGUAAGUGAAGAGUACCCAGUGGACCCUGCAGAUGCCUUCAGUGUGGUCCCCUGCUGGCUUCUGAAUCCCCAAAGGCAAAGCCAGAAGUUCAUUGGAAAUGUUCUACAACACUUUUCUGAACUCCAUCCCUGGAGGCGCUCAAGGCCAGAUUUUGUGAAGUUAUCAGGGCUCUUGUUGGCAUCAUUGUUUGCUUGGUACUUGGGAUACAUAUUUGCUGCUCAUGUACCACAAGAGUCACUGUCAACAUCUAUAGCCUAUCUUCAAGAUAUUGGAAAGAAACCAGUGUUGAAGGCCCCUCUCCCCAAAAGGCAGAAGUGUGAUCACUGGUCUCCCUGCUCACCUGGGAGUUAUGCCUAUCGGGUUCUUAGUGGCGGUGGCAAAGAAAAGCUGGCUAAAAUCUGUUUUGAGGAUGAGCUGCUUAUAAGUGAAGAAAAGGGUAAUGUUGGAAGAGGUAUAAACAUAGCCAUUGUCAAUUAUGAAACAGGAGAACUAACAUCAGCAAAUUUCUUUGACAUGUGGGAAGGAGACCACUCAGAAGAGAUGGUGGCUUUCAUUGAAAAUGCACCACAAGGGUCCCUGCUUUUCAUGGUUACUCAUGAUGAUGGAAGCGCCCGGUUGAAAAGUAAUGCCAAAAAGUUAGUAGAAGCUCUGGGAAGUAAAGAAAUACAAAAUAUGAAGUUCAGGUCAAGCUGGGUUUUUAUAGCUGCCAAAGGCUUCAAGCUUCCAGAUGAUAUCGAAAGAGAAAAGAUAAACCACUCUGACAGUAAGAAGAACAGAUACAAUGGCUGGCCAGCUGAAAUACAGAUAGAGGGCUGUAUCCCAAGAAACCUGAUGUAAACAAAUGCAUACGUUCUUAGCAAAGAUUCUUCUGUAUGUUUUAUACACAUAACUCUGGUAGUUUGCAUCCAGAGCCAAAUAAGCACCUGAACAAUAUUUGUAAAAUAAGUCGUAUGUACAGUUUGCCCUUGCUUUCAUUUGUGAGGUUUUUCUCUAAUCUGAAAACAAGUAGAUAUUUUGACGACAAGUGGUAAUAAAAUGCUCUGGUUUGAAAUUACAGUACUUAGUUGGUUAUAAAAUAGCAGGGUUAUUGAAAGUGAUUGUACAUUGGCAUCGGUAACUUGUUAGCUUCUUGUUUUUAACAUGUGUUUCCUUUUGGUUCCCCUUAUAAACUAACAUAAAACUUAAUCUAGCCUGUAAUAUAAAAACACUAGCAAUAAAAUAAAUUAUUUGAUACUAA